AUGACUUUGGUUUCUAUCACAAACAAUAAUGUUGAGGAAAAUAAAUCAACAUUGCCUCUGCCACAGAUUAAUCUUUUAGAAACAAAUUCUUUAAUAGACAUUUCUCCAAUAACCUAUCCAAAUACCAAUAAUGACCGUUUAAAGUUCAUAAAUCCUAAAACUGGUUUUGUUUCAACCUACAAAUUAUUAGCAACUGCACUCAAAUCGUCUCCUCGUGCUGUAGGUGGGGCUUUACGAGUUAAUCCAUUUGCACCUUCACCUAUACCUUGUCAUCGAGUUAUUGCCGCUAAUUUUUUUAUUGGUGGUUUUGAUGGCGAAUGGUUUAAACGUCAACAUCAAAACAAUGCUAAGAAACGAAAUUACGUCGAUAGUAUAGGGGAAGAUAAAAUUGGUUGUAAGCUUGAUAGAUUAAAAAACGAGGGCAUUUUUUUCGAUGGAGAGG